AUGGCCACAGAUGCAGUUACUGUGCUUGAACCCGAGAAGGAGCAAGGAGCACAACAGCUGAAAAUAGUCGAAGUGCUCAGAUCGCGGGGUCUCGUGCAGGACAUCACCAGCCCAUCGUUGGAGAAGGUGGCUGCCACGGAGAAUUUGACGGUGUACUGCGGAUUCGACCCCACAGCCGAGAGCCUGCACUUGGGCAACUUGCUGGGCAUCAUCGUGCUCACUUGGUUCCAGCGCUGCGGCCACCAGCCAGUGGCUCUGCUGGGGGGUGCAACUGGCCGUGUGGGGGAUCCCUCAGGUAGGAGCACAGAGAGGCCAGUACUGUCAGAGGACGAGAUUGAGCGCAAUGUUCAGGGCAUCAGGCGGAUCUUGGAGAGCCUCAUAGGCAGCAGCAAUGGAGCAGGGCCUGCCCCCCAAAUCCUGAACAACCUGGAUUGGUUCAAGGAGGUGGGCCUGCUGUCCUUCCUGCGCGAUGUGGGCAAAUUUGCGCGCGUGGGAACGAUGCUGGCACGGGACGCCGUGAAGUCGCGCAUGGAGCUCGACAAUGAGGGCAUCUCCUUCACUGAGUUCACCUACCAGCUGCUGCAGGGGUAUGACUUUGUGCACCUUAAUCGGGAGCACGGGGUGCGGAUGCAGAUAGGCGGGUCGGAUCAGAUGGGCAACAUCAUCACAGGGCUGGACCUCAUCCGGCGCAUGGGCGGCGGCGCCCCGGAAGCGGCCUGCUUCGGCCUCACUUUCCCGCUGCUGACCAAGGCCGACGGCACCAAAAUGGGCAAGAGCGCCGACGGCGCCGUCUGGCUCGCUGCCGAGAAGAUGUCGCCCUUCAAGUUCUAUCAGUACCUGCUGACGAGCGUGGGGGACGCUGAGGUCAUCAAGUUCCUGCGCAUGCUCACCUUUGUGCCCCUGGAGGACAUCGCGCAGCUGGAGGCCAGCAUGCAGCAGCCGGGCUACCAGCCCAACACAGCGCAGCGCCUGCUCGCGUCCGAGGUCACUCGCUUCGUGCAUGGCCAGCUGGGGCUUGACCAGGCCCUCAACGCCACCCAGGCUCUGGCUCCGGGCUCAGACACGAAGCUGGACAUAGACACGCUGGAGGCUGUGGCGGGCAGCGCGCCCACAGUGGAGCUGCCCGCCGGGCAGGUGCUCGGGCAGACCCUUGCGGACAUCAUGGUCGCCAUCAAGCUGCAGGAGAGCAAGAGCGCGGGGCGGCGUUUGAUCAAGGGCGGUGGGGUGCGAGUCAACAACCAGAAGGUGUCUGAUGAGCAGCGGAGGCUGAGUGAGGAUGACUUCAUUGAUGGCCGGCUGGCGCUCAUAGCCGCUGGAAAGAAGAACAAAAUGCUUUUGCGGAUAUCUAGGUAG